CUUCCUGUAGUCGUCAACGUCACUUCCGUUUAGUCACAUUGUUGAUGGCGUUAUUUUUCUGCAAUAGCCGGAAUAACAUUUAAACGUGCUGAUGCAAGCGGUGGAGACCAAAACGUCGAGAUGCUAGCGACAUUAUCGAGUUUUCAGAGUCUUCUUCGGCUUCACCCAGGCAGACGUUUAGGACUCGCCUGCAUUUUCGCUGAGAAGAAACUCGCCUGUGCCGCUCGCUGUCUCCUUCCAGCGACGUGGAGACUGAAAGUCCCCGGCAGAGAUGUCAGCACUGCCGCUCCAUUGCAGGCAAAAGUCCAAGCUAAACGGAAGAAGAGGGAGUUUUCCGAAAAGAAACUGACUCGCCACUUCGUAGACCACAGAUGUGUGCGACUGGUGGCCGGUUCGGGCGGAAAAGGGGCUUGCAGCUUUCACAGCGAGCCGCGAAAAGAGUGGGGGGGGCCGGAUGGAGGAAAUGGGGGUGAUGGAGGAAGCAUCUCUUUCAAGGCUGAUCGGUUUGUCAAGUCUCUGGCUCAAGUAGUUCCUGUAUUCAAGGCAGAAGAUGGACACUCAGGAGGCAGCAAGAACUGUUAUGGUCGGAAUGGCCGCCCAACCUUUAUUUGUGUUCCAAUUGGCACUGUGGUGAAGGAGCAGGGCAGGACGCUAAUGGAUCUCUCUGAGCAUGGGCAAGUGUAUCUGGCUGUGUUUGGAGGGGCCGGAGGUAAAGGCAACAGGUUCUUUCUCUCCAAUGAGAAUCGUGCUCCAAUGUCUGCAACUCCUGGAAGUGUGGGCCAGGAGAGAGUCCUUCAUCUGGAGCUGCGCACUAUGGCCCACGCUGGACUGGUCGGUUUUCCAAAUGCUGGCAAAUCCUCUCUUUUGAGAGCCAUCUCCAAUGCCAGGCCUGCUGUGGCUGCUUACCCUUUCACAACACUCAACCCACAUGUAGGAAUUGUCAAGUACAGGGAUCAUGAGCAAGUUGCAGUUGCUGACAUCCCAGGCAUCAUUGAAGGAGCACAUCUCAAUCGAGGCCUGGGCAUCUCUUUCCUACGACACAUUGAGCGUUGCCGAUUCCUCCUCUUUGUUCUGGACUUGUCGUCUCCAGAGCCCUGGACCCAGCUCCAGUACCUGCGCUAUGAACUGGACCAGUAUGAGCCUGGUCUGUCUCAGCGGCCUCACGCCAUUGUCGCCAACAAAAUAGACUUACCCAAAGCCCGUGAGAACUUUCAUACUUUGAAGAGCCAUGUUACUCAGAGAGUCAUUCCUGUGUCAGCUGUCACUGGGCACAACACAGAGGAACUCAUCCUUCACCUUAGAGAGCUGUAUGACGGCUACCUCCAUGGAGAUGGAAGCAUAGAGGAAGAAAACCCCACAAGAUGGUAAUGAGAAUGGAACAAGGUUUGUCAGAAACAUUCCAGGACUGGUGCCACAAAAGAUAUACAGUGAAGCCUCGAUAAAAUGGACCCCGAUAUAACAGAUAUCCAUCGGGACUGAAAAAGUGUGUCCAAAAAUAGUUUCCAUUUCUCGCUUAAAAUGCCAUUGACAAAGUCUGUUAGUUCCAGAAUUGGCCGCUGUUGCUUACUCGGGCUGUUGCGCAAUGCAGGCAGAGAAUGGGAUUGAUGUAUUGCCAGGUCACAGAGAUACAGUAUGACUAGAUCCAUUUCAAAAGACGUGCCUCCUGUGCCUUUCUGGUGACCAUGUUGAGUGUGGGGAAUUGACGUGGCAGCUAUGUGAUGAUGGUUCAAUCUACUGCCAAUUGUGUAUUGAGCAUGGUAGAGAGAGAGCGGCAUGGCUCUGAGGAAUACAAAACCGGAAUAUGCUAUUUUUGGUAUAGUAACAUUUUUUUUGUCAAGCCGUUCCCCUUUGGCAACGGAUUUGGAACUAGGAAGUACACUAAUUCCUCGCUGCUCAUGAAAGCGACUCUCUGAUGAGGAGUACUGUAUGUCAACAAUUCAUUAUGACCAAGCACACCGGCGUUAUAAAUUUGGAUAAAAUAUGAAACUUUCAAACAUUUUCAAGCUUUUUUUAGAUUUAUUUACAAUAACUUCGUACUGUACUUGGUGUUUUAGGUCACAAAGAAAACCUACAAACAAUAAUUUUGUACUGUACAGUAAUAUGGGUUCAUAUGGCCUAAAAAAAAAGUGCUUCAAUGUAACAGACCAUCGGCUAUAUCGGACAACCCACCGCCCCUAUUAGUCCGUUCUAUCAGGUUUCCACUGUAUUUCAAAUUCAAACUGCAAGUAUUCUCUCUUGAAGUAAUCCCAUCUGGGUCUCACGCCCUUUCCCACUUUCUCUGACACACUUUCAAGCACUCCUGGAAGGAUUAUUCCGGCAUCCUUUGCAGCUCUGUUGUCAUGGCCGCCGUGACGUCGGCCACAUCUUGAAAACGGUUCCCCUUAAAGGUCAGAGGACAAAGAUGUUAUGGGGUCAGUUAAAAUUCAUAUUUGCAUUGUUUGCAUGCACAACAUUUCCAGCAAGUUCUCAAGUAUAGUUUAGCUAAAAAUUAGGUUUUUAGGCGUAUUGAGCACGCCCCGAACAUACCCGAAAAUCGAGACGUCGGGGUCUAGGUACUCUAUUCACCACAAGGGCUACCGGAAGUGAUGUUGGAAUUGCCAAACACGGCGUGCUACACUCUGUACGCAGUGGUGAGCAACGUGUUGGUACAUGAGGAGGAGGAGGAUGUCAAAGUACAGGAGCACCCAACUGAACAUGGCAUCCUCAAACCGUACAUGUUUGAGCCGAUCAGGAGGUCGGAACCUGACAGAGACGACGAUGAACAGCCAAGUAGCAGCUGUACAACAGAAAAAGAGUGGCCACUGGUUCGAUAUAACGGCACUGCCGGCAGAAGAGACAACAUAGUACUGCGCAGAGUGGAUUGGAAAUACAGACUGCGCAAUGCGCGCGACAAGUUGUGCGGGGUACGGAAGGUACGGAUGAAGGUGCCCGAGCCGACGGCCCCCGCGCGGCGAUCUCCCGAGAGCGCGGCUCCGGGGAGCGCACACCAAACCACUGCCGCCCGAGCGCGCCUACAUUAGGAUGGCCUCGCCCCACCCACCCCACCGGCCUGUCCGGGCCGAGGCGUCCCGCCUCCGCCGCAGGCCGGGUGGCACGCGCGAAACGUGCGGUCCCCGGUGUGGUGUCUCGAUCGAUCGCUCAAAAUGAGUCUAUAAUGUAUAUAUAAAUGAGAGGUGAUCAAAAUGAAUCACUAUAAGAUAUACGAUUUAAAAAAUCUAACAAAUCUGUGUAAAUAAGAUCCAAUCAAUUCCUUACAAUUACAUUUUUUUUAUAUAUGUAUUGGUUUUAUAUUGAAGAGAAAGACACAAAAGUAAUAUAGUAAAACACCCCAACUUUUAUUUGUGAAAAAGCAACACAGAGCCAACAAUUUUUUUUAAGAGCAAAAAACACACUGUCGUCAUUGUUGUCGUCAAUCAAUCAAUAAAAAUAAAGAAACACUAUAUAUCUUUGGCAAUCGUUUUAAAAAGAACAAAUAGAUAAAUAAAUAAAUACAUAAAGAAAAAUAAAGAAACCCUAUAUAUCUUUGGCAAUCGUUUUAAAAAGAACAAAUAGAUAAAUAAAUACAUAAAUAAAUAAAUAAAAAUAAAGAAACACUAUAUAUCUUUGGCAAUCGUUUUAAAAAGAACAAAUAGAUAAAUAGAUGAAUAAAUAAAUACAUAAAUAAAAACAAAGAAACAUUAUUUAUCUGUGCAUAGGUCAGAUGCCACUGAACAUUUGGAGGGAAGUAAAAAGUUUGGAGGCUUCCUCCUCAGGAGGUGGUAACAUCAGAUAGGAUCCCAAGAGAGUCCUGAUUGUAUCCCGGGAAAAAAGGCACGUAAGUGGUCCGAAGCGACGACGACAACAGCACCACGCCGGAUGCUAUUGUGUGUUCGGGGUGCGGGGGGGAUUGUUGCGAGGUUGAGGCAGCAGAUGGCGUACGGGUUGAUGUUGGGUCUGCGUGUGAGAAGAAAGCAAAAUGAGAGGAUGCAUGGAAAGGGAAGACGACUGAAAGACGCAGAUGUUGUCUCCAGCAUUACCUUUGAUUGUGCCUCGUCCCUCUUCUCAGCGAGCCAGUCUUCCACCGAACGCCCUGCCGACUGAGAGCAAAAGUGCUCGUUCCUGUAACGGCUAUGGCCAAAUGCUUUUGACUUGGGGUUUCCACAGAGCUUGCAUUUAUGUUGAGUUGCAUUUCUCCUUUUGGGACCACCACUGCUGCCAGGGGGGGUGCUGACACUUGGAGUGGCGAAGCCCAUAUGCGGCCGUAUCUGAUGCUUCCGUAUGCGAGCAGCAGCGGACGAAGACGAAGCGGCCACAGCAGCAGCAGACGAGGACGAAGCGGACACAGCAACAGCAGCAGCAGCGGAGGAGGACGAAGCGGACACAGUGGCGGAGUAGGGUGAAGCGGAUGCAGCAGCAGCGGCGGCGACGGAGGAGGAGGAGGAUGAAGCGGACACACGCGCUUCAAAAAGCUCUGGCAGGACAGGCCCUCUGUGAGUGACUGCCAGACCAGAGCUGUCGUUCGGGUGGUGGUAUUGCAGGCCUUUACUGGGCUGCACCGCCUUCUCCAGUAAAGGCUUGAACGGUGGGAGUGCCUCUGCUGCGACCUGGUCUGCGUGGGCGCCGGAAGCACUACGCACAGGCCCCUGGCCAGUUCCUCCUUGCUUCUCCGGUUGUACCUAUUAAAAUAAAUAAAUAAAAGGCAAAGUAAAAAUGGACAAAAUAUACAGGCCCGGAUGCGUGCAAGUGAGUGAGUCUUACCACUGUGAAACGGUCCGGUGAUUGACCUCCACCAGCUGGAUGGGAGCGGCGGCCAGCAGCUGCACAGACCUGCAGAUCUGUUUGAUCCGCCCAAAGUCACGCAUCACUAGCCCCCAUCGGCUCAUCCGGAUUCCGGCCAGGCUGUGCCCCUGAGCGUGGAUGUGGCACAGCGCGAUGAAAAUGGCCUCCAUCAACCUGCUCACACUCGGGAUGUGCGCCACCUCCGUGCCCUUUCCGAUGGCGAGACUAUCCGCAGAAAACGCUGCCACGUGAGUUGCCAGCUUGGAAACCUCUCACAUACCUUACAGGACAAACCGCACGUACCGUUUGGCACUGUCCACGCCCGUCGAGUGGCGAUUUCUGGCCCGAGGUCUUGAAGCAGUCCUUGGACAACCUGUCCUUGUGCCGCGUAAGAAGGGCAAGGGGGGCCUUGUCCCUGGAGUCCACCUUCAGCCACAGAUCCCUGAUGUUGGCCACCUGCGUCUGAGUGACAAAGGGACACAGACGCAGCCCCACCAGCGCCGACGCCAGGCGGAAGACGUGCUGGUAGCCUGUGCGUCCGUCCGGUCAGAGGACGUCCUGCGUCAAACGGGCGGCUUUUGGUCAAACUGGGAAUUCAGCAAAAAAGACAAAUGGACGGAGAGGCCUAACAUCCUCUACGUUGGCGUCUGGAGGUGGUGGGGGCCCAGCCGUCCUGUCCCUGUCCUGGCAUUCCAUCAUGGACUCAGACAAGGCCAUGAACUCCGGGUCUCCUUCGUCCGGCUCUUCCACGUCGACUGCCCUGUCAUCCUCCUCCUCUUCCUCCGCCACCUUGUCCAUCCAAGCAGUCGGGUCCUCAUCCUCCCCCUUCUUGUCACGAGCGCUGGUCUGGGCGUACAGGUAGUCCAAGCCGAUGAGCUCCCCUGAACGCGAGCAAUUUCAAGUCAGAACGUGUCACGCCGGUGGGAGAGAGAGGGAGGGGGUUGGCCUGGCACAUCCCUACGACUUACCGGUGUACUCCCCCGGCGGGGUGUAGUUUUCCACCACCGUGCGUUUCAGCAGCUUCUGCGUCAGCUUUUGGAAAGCGCUGAGCAGGCAGGAGUUGUAGCAGCGUGUCAAGGUUGUCGACAGGCCCCCCACCACGGCUGCCCUGGCUCGGUCCUUGUUCCACCGGGUCAAGCCCUCCAGCAGGUAGACCUGGAAGUGGAGGGCGUUGGCCACGGUGCCUGCCAAAGAGGACAGAAGGAGAGUUACGCUUGCCCGACCGCCAACGACCCCCGCCACAAAACGCUCGCGCUCCUCACCUGGAAUGAAGCGGCACUGGUGGAGGUGGAAGCACUCCAGGGAAGUGGAGCCUCGCGCGCACUUGAAUAUCGGAAGCUUGAUGCCACCUCUCGUCACCUCCCCCACCUUGGUGGAUAUGGGGACGCCGGGCGGGUCCUGGAUGCAGGCCAUGUGCUGGCGCUGCGUGUCCCAGAUGUGCCGAGUCCUGGCCUGGUCGAGGAGAGCCAUGCCCAUCGUAUCCUUGGCCUCCCAGAAGUGGUCCAGCACCUCCUGGAUGAACCGCUCCGUCUCCUUGGCCCCUCUGGUGCGGCGACGGCAGUGUCGGCCCAGCUCCCUGGCCGAAAAAGUGACCGGUCGGCCGCCGUACGCACCCUGCUCGGCCUGCUUGGCCCGUCUCAGCAGGUUCCUGUCCUCGGCGUCCCACUCGAAGAUGGCCAGGGACAGCCUGGCCGUGAAGGGACCGUAGAGGAUUUGGGCGUCUGUGGUCACCCCCCUGGCGAAGCGCCGCAUGAGGUGCCACACGUCCAGCCGCACCAUCAGAUCCUUCCAAUCGCCGAACAUGGCCGCGACCUAAGGCACGCGGGAAAAGAGAGAGCGUUAGAGUGGGACGCGAAAGAGCCUGCGCGCCGAAGAAUCAAUUUCACCUACCUUGACCUUCCCGGUGGCACAGCAGCAGUCGCGGUCCACGUACAGAAGCUGAGGCGGGGCCUGUCCCGCCUCCCUGUACCGCCGCAUCAGUCCGCUCGCCAUGCUCGACAGCCUUUCACCCUCGGCGACAGUGAGCACGGACAUGAGCACCUGCCCGUGCUCGUUGCCCACGUUGGUGACCCAGGCAGUGGUUCCGGCCGCCCCCGCAAGCUUCUUGGCCAUCUGUCAGCGCAAAGGCACGGGGUGAGUGUCAGCAGCGGGCGGCGUGGCGGCAAUGGAAACGAUGCGCACCCUCGGACGACUACGUACCUUCUUGGUGGAGUGCAUCUUCAGCACGCUCCCGAAGACCGACGUGAUGCGGGCCUUGUUCUCAGGAAGGUGUGGAAUCACCGCCCUCACGAAGGUGGCCAGAAACCAGACUGUGCGGGGCACAGGGUGCAUGCACCCUAGAACGCCGGUGGGAACACCCAGCUGCUCCAGCACAGAGAGGUACUCCAAACUGUGCCUCAGCCACUCCAAGGUAUGCCCCUCCUGGAUUUUCCGUCGCAGGCUGGUGACGGAGUUGCCCAACGAGCGGUCCUUCAGCAUGUGCACCACCUUCAAGUCGCAGGCCAACCUAGCGGGAAGCAAAGUGAUGCGGCGAUGUGCGAGGCUGAGCCGACGACCACCGCUCGCUCGGUUCCUUUCUUACUUGUACGUGAGGACGGCCGGGAACUUCAGCUGUUGGUACAUGCUCAUCUGCUAGAUGAUGGCUUCUUCCCAGGCCGAGUACUUCCGGCGGCAGCUGUUGCACUCCAGGUACUCUGUGCCCAUGAAGUACCAAUCUUGGAGGUCCAGCACCCGCCGCACGGUCCGGUACAGCCCGCCUCCGGUCAGCCGGUGCCGGCAGUGGGGGCAGGCCAGCUUCAACCCCCACAUCUUGUACGGCGCCCAAAGGAAGAAGCGGUGGUGGAAGAAGGGCUUGGAGGACGUUGGGGGCUGGGUGUAAUAAAGUGGCGUUUUGGGGGGGUCCCACCAUAGCUGAAGCUCCGACGUCAGGACGAUUUUCCCACGGGAGCCUUUGACGUAGAACGCUUUGGCCAGCCAUUCGUGCUUGGUCUCCGGCAAAGUUUGGCGCCAGCCCUUCGGCAGCACCUGCGACAGGCGGACGAUGAUGACACUCUGGUAAUAAGUGCGGGGCGCCCACACAGGCACCCGUGUGCCUGCCUGCGUUGCAAUGCCUACCUUUGUGUCGGAGGUCGACUCUGUGCCAGCUGUCUGCCCUCUGGCAAGUGCACCUACGCCAGAGGCGGACGCGGCGGAGGUUGAGGCAGCUGCUGACGGUUCCUCAGACACUGUCGAGUCGAGACAUCGCUGUCAGUCUAAUUUCAUUCUCACUCAGACUACGCAGUAGAGACAUUAAAUUCACUCACGCUGAGACUCGACUUCUGCGGCGGCUUCCAUUAGCUGCUGGUCAGACGGCUCACCCUCUCCUGUAAAGAAACGCCUGUAAGUGUCAACAAUAAUUUUUAGUAAUGAUGAUGGUCUCUAUGAUGACCACGUUUACCCGCGUUGUAUUUGGCCUGUCUGUCUCGGCCCAGGAUGUACUGUUGGAAGGAGUGCAACCGCAAGCCCUGGAACACCUUGGUCUUCCUCAUCCAUGCCACGUAUCUAGGAUAGGAUAAUUUCAUUUAACCUAACCUCCCUCAUGUUGGUUAAUGACAUUUUUCACAGGCAAUAAGACAACUUACGAUCGAUGCUCCUCACCGGGGGAGUCGUACAGGAAGCGAUAGGUGUCAUGGCGGUACUCCCCGAACUCCAGCAGCUUGUCAUCCAUCUCCCUGACCACCGGCGCGCCCAUGAGCAUCAUGCGGUUGCGGACGGCCAGGGACAUGUCCGGGAACAGCUGCGUGUAGGAUGCCAGGGCGUCUUUGUUCCGAGCCAGGGGCGACUGUGACGUGUCUCAGCCGUCCCGCUCCUUCUGGUGAGAGGCCAGGAUGAAGGAGGCGUAGCCCACGUCAUUGCUCAGCAGCCACUUGAAGGUCCGGCCCCGGUAUUGACCAAACUGGAGCUCACACUCGCUGAGCACCAGCUGCCAGCACCCGGGGUCUCCCCCACCCUGGACCACACAAGCCUUGGCGUCCGCCGUCACCUGAUCCGCCAUUUUGCAGGUCGUGACCGUAGCUGCAGACCUACGACCAUGACCAAUUUGUCAUUAUAAUCAAAUAAUGUCACACGUGAUAGCAAUGUACAUUUAUUGGGGGGGGUGGCAUCGUCGUCAUCAUCAUCAUCACGACGCUCAUCCUACAGUGUACCUAGAGGCUCGGGCUAUCUUGGAGGCUUCCUUGUAAGACUCCAGAGUCAGCUGUUUCGAUAAAGCCAGGUAGCGGAAUUGAGGAUGGAAAUCCAUCGUGCUGAAAAUAAAAUCAAAUAAUUUCUAUCUACCAUUAAAACCUUUCUGACUUACUGGAAAGCCACGUGUGUCAACACAAACAAUUAAUGUGACCCAAUAACAAUGACGUAAUAGGCUGAAUACUAUUAUAUCAUCAUUCAGUUAGAAUUUUUCACAGACCUGUUGAACUGUUGCUGUACUCAUGACUCGGGAACAACGUGUGUGGACACAAACAAAUUCAUUCGCCGCAAAAAAGUCAUUUUAACCCAAUAAAAACGAUGUAAUAGGCUGAAUACUAUUAUAUCAUCAUUCAGUUAGAAUUUUCACAGACACCUGUUGAACUGUUGCACUAAUGACUCGGAAGCAACGUGUGUGGACACAAACAAAUUCAUUCGACGACGCAAAUAAGUCAUUGGACGGACCCAAUAAAAACUAUGUAAAGUGAAGAAAUUAAUCAAAGGAAGUUUACCUUGAACGGCAAUGGCGUCUGUAUUACGAACGGCGGCGGAGGGUGGGAGGCACCCUCACUGAGGACAGCCAAUCGUGAGUGUAGAGAGUUUAUGGUGUAUGCUGAUUGGCCAUCCUAAUAAGUUAAGUGGACCCAUCAGCGAACCCCGAGUAUGGCUUCCCGCGGGGCGGUUUGUUUGCGCAUCCCAUGAAUCCAUAAUUUACUUGCUCCAGCAUCCUCACUUGGCGAUAGAAACAUAGUCAUGAACAGACGCAGUAUGAGCAGUCGGCCGUUGGUGUGAGAUUCAUAAUGCGUUGGUCCCAUCCAUCCAUCCAUUUCUGUACCGCUUAUAUUUAUUUGUUGUGAUAUGAUAUAAGUAUACCGUAAUUUCUCGUGUAUAAUGCGCACCCAUGUACAAUACGAAUCCCCCAAAGUUCACCUCAAAAUUCUGGAAAAUUAAAUAUUAUCUGUAUUUUUUUAUUUUUUUCAAAUAAUUAUUCCGAUGUUAAGCACUUUAUUUGAACAGAUUCUUUCCUUAAUUUACUUGUUCUUAUUUUGAAAUUCACAGCCCUACUUGUAUUUCGUAAAUUAGAAAACACACAGUUGUGCUCAUAUGUUUGAUUACCCAGGCAGAAUUUGUAAGAUGGGUACAAUUCUUUAAAGAAAACAUGAAGGGCAAAGCGAAACACAUUUAAUUUUAUUUUAAUGGGAUUCAAAUUAAACAGUCAAGCAUUUCAGGAAAGCAUUAUUAAACAAAACAUAACCAUAAAGAAAUUAAUGAUGGUUGUUGUUCAGUCAUCAGUCAUAUUUAUAUAUAAAAAAAAAAACAUUUCACAAAUUCUCCCAGGGUAUGUAAACUUAUGAGCACAACUGUACAUAUAUGCAGUCAUACGUACCCCUGUCAUAUUGGAAUGAGAGUGUAGGCUACAUCUUUUUUUAAAACCACUAGGUGGCAGUGGCAUUUUGGAAGGAAAGUACUGCUUUUUCAUAACUACUAGAUGGAGGCAUACAUUAAAAAAUGUGAGUUUUUUCCAUUUACCCCUAUACCUAUAUUUAAUGCGCACUAUUGACUUUUGACACUUUUUUUGGGGGGGGGGGGGGGGGGGGAAUGCGCAUUAUACACGAGAAAUGACGGUAUAUCUAUAAAGUAUUUUAUUGGACAUACAUUAUGUGCAUUUGGUCAGUAUUCUUCUGGUUUCUUGGCGAGAACACUCUAGAAAAAGAGACACUGUUCUCUGUGGGUUUUAAUUUUAAUUUCUUCUGCACCAUGGCGGGUGUGAGAUUUAGUUCAUCUUGCUGGCGGUUGAGGUCCCGAUGGCCGUAGGAAAAAUAGUUGGCACCGCAGCUGGUUUCAGUCUCUGCCUAACUACACUUGUGUAUCCAAUGCUUUCUACCAAGUCUUUCUCAAAACACGCCGGUUCGAAGUGAUCAGCACAGAGUUUGGAAUGCUUGCUCGGCACCCAUAGCUGGCCACAUUUCUUCCCCCCGUCAAUUGACUUCCCUCUCCCCUGGUUACGUAUUCCUUUUUCACUUGGAAAGCUAAAAACUAUCUCUUGUCGCUGCAUGAACCAUUUGUACAACCAAAUGCCACACAAUUAACCAUCGUGAAAUCGCUGAUACAUAUGACAACAAAUAUACAAGGACGGGAACAACUGCAUGGAACAAUAGCACAUAAGACCGAAUGAACAGGCCGUUUGGCUAGUGUUGCGUCACAGCGCGGCAAGAGCCAAAGACCGGAAGGCGCUAGAUGCAAAAAGCAAAAGGUGCAUUCUGAAUCAUAUUUAACUGCUGUGUAUCUGCUAUACCUGUAUACUCACUUUGAAAUGGAAGCUGUGGUUUGUACAGGGGUUCUAGAAUUAUAAAGUUAAUUUUUAACAUCUUUGUCCUCUGACCUUUAAUGACCCCUGAGCCAAGACAGAUGAGUAGGAAGGUUCCUCCAACCCAAUAAUGUGCUUCUUGGCCAGGAACUGUCGGAUGCUUGUGGCAGUGUAAAUUGGCAGAUUGUCAUGGUGAAGCAGCCAUAAGUUAUCCUGCCACAAUUCUCACCUCUUCUUCCGCACUAAAUAAAGCCAAUGUUGCAGGAUCUCUGUGCUCUAUCAUGCUGCUUGAUCAUCUGGCCUACAUUGAAGGGGACAACUCAUAGUUUGCGGUUUGAAAUGUGUCUUUUUUGUGACACUAGUUCUGGACGUUUUAUAACAUACCCCAAAUGUUCAUCUGUUGUCAGCUCUUGAAUAAAUGUUUACAAACACAGUUGAA